AUGACGACGACGAUGCAGAGCGGCGGCGGCGGCGACGAGGAGCAAGGGGUGCUCGCGGGGCGGCCGCCGCGUGGUGACGGCGACGAGAUGGAGAUCGGGUGGCCGACGGACGUGCGGCACGUGGCGCACGUGACGUUCGACCGGUUCCACGGCUUCCGCGGCGUGCCCGAGGAGCUGUUGCAGCAGCAGCAGCCGGGCCUAGGCCUAGGGACGGUAGAGGACGGCGUCGUCCGGGCGCCCAGCGCCAGCAAGACGGUGUUCGGCGUGUCCACGGAGUCGAUGCAGUGCGCCUACGACGGCCGGGGCAACAGCGUCCCCACCGUGCUCCUCCACCUGCAGCGCCGCCUCUACGACCAGGGCGGCCUCCGGGCGGAGGGCAUCUUCAGGGUCGCCGCCGACGGCGCCCAGGAGCAGUACGCCAGGGACCAGCUCAACAACUCCGGCGUCGUGCCGGACGGCGUCGACGUGCACUGCAUCGCAGGCCUCGUCAAGGCGUGGUUCCGGGAGCUCCCCGGCGGUCUGCUGGACGCGCUGCCGGCGGAGGAGGUGACGCGGUGCCAGACGGAGGACGACUGCGCGCGGCUCUGCCGCGCCAGGCUGCCGGCGCCCAGGGCAGCGCUGCUGGACUGGGCGGUGAACCUCAUGGCGGACGUGGCGCGAGAGGAGAAGGCCAACAAGAUGGGCACGCGCAACGUGGCCAUGGUGUUCGCGCCCAACAUGACGCGCGCCGACGACCCGCUCACGGCGCUCGGCCACGCCGUGCAGCUCAUGAACUUCCUCAACAUGCUCGUCGAGAGGGCGCUCAAGCACCACCACCGGCCGUCCUCGUCUUCUUCUGCCUCCUCUGUCCUCAUCAAUGGAUGA